GGCUCUCGCUCUUGUCAAUUCACACCACUUCCAGAAUCUUCAUCCCUCCAGAGCCAAACCUCCAGGCUCUCCGCAUCCAAAGCUAAAAGAGCAACCAUGAGUCAGUCCUAUUCAUCGAACCAGCGGCAGUCUUCCUACCGCCGCACCUUCGGUGGGGCAUCACCAACAUACAGCAGGACCUCCUUUGGGACCAAAGGUGGUUCAUCCAGCUCGGUCAGCUCUAGGGUCUACCAGGUUUCCCGUUCAGCGGCCGUCCCUAGUCUAUCCAGCUUCAGAGCAUCACGGAUUACCCCGGUACGGAGCUAUGGCACAGAUGUGCUCGACUUCAGCCUUGCCGAUGCCAUGAACCAAGAGUUCCUGCAGACUCGCACCAAUGAGAAGGUGGAACUGCAAGACCUGAACGACAGGUUUGCCAACUACAUCGAAAAAGUACGCUUCCUUGAGCAGCAGAAUACCAUCCUGGUGGCCGAAGUGAACCGAAUCAAGGGCAAGGAGCCAACCAGGAUCAGCGACCUGUACGAGGAAGAGAUGAGGGAGCUGCGACGCCAGGUAGACAUUGUCACCAGUCAAAGGUCACGAGUGGAAGUGGAAAGGGACAACUUAGCCGAUGACCUACAGAAACUGAAACAGAGGUUGCAAGAAGAGAUUCAGCUUAAAGAAGAUGCCGAGAAUAACCUGUCGGCCUUCAGAGCGGAUGUAGAUGCCGCUACCCUGGCCCGUAUUGAUCUGGAGAGACGCAUCGAGUCUCUGCAGGAGGAGAUUGCAUUCCUAAAGAAGAUUCACGAAGAGGAAAUCCGCGAUCUUCAGGCACAACUUCAAGAGCAGCACGUGCAGGUAGAGAUGGAUAUUGCCAAACCAGACUUAACUGCAGCUCUCAGAGAUAUCCGCGCACAGUACGAGAACAUUGCCGCCAAGAACGUCUCUGAGGCUGAAGAAUGGUACAAAUCCAAGGUAACAGACCUCAACCAAGCUGCACAGAAAAAUAACGAUGCUUUGCGCCAGUCCAAGCAAGAACUCAUGGAAUAUCGCCACCAGAUUCAGUCCUACACUUGUGAGAUUGACUCCCUUAAAGGCACAAAUGAAUCCCUGUUGCGCCAGAUGCGGGACCUGGAGGAAAGGUUCUCAGGAGAGGCAGCCGGCUACCAGGAUUCCAUCUCAAGGCUAGAGGAAGAAAUCCGCAAUCUCAAGGACGAUAUGGCAAGGCACCUCCGGGAAUACCAGGAUCUGCUGAAUGUUAAGAUGGCACUGGACGUCGAGAUUGCCACAUACCGUAAACUGUUGGAAGGAGAGGAGAGCAGGAUCAGUCUUCCUAUCCAGUCAUAUUCUGCACUGAGCUUCAGAGAGACCAGCCCAGAGCAGAGAUCAUCAUCUGAAGUUCACACCAAAAAAACAGUCAUGAUCAAAACUAUUGAGACCCGGGACGGAGAGGAGAUCUAAGCACCCCCACACUUCUCUGGAACACUGGUUGUUAGUGAGGCUUCCCAACAGCAUCAAGAGGUCCUGUGAGCGGGCAAAUGAAGACAUACGCAGCACAGGAGCACCCAUUGACCACAGUGCACGCCCUGAGCGCAACCCUGCCGGACAAAAUGCCACCUCAUGCUGUCCCCUCACCACUCAACUUCUGCACCUGUCACCGCCACUCCCCAAAAUAAGGACUGACAGGGGGGGCCGACUCAUGUUAGAGUGCCCCCCUUUUUUUGGAGAAAACUAAUGCCAAGUACCCUCUUGGAGGUUUCCCAUCACUACAGGAAAGAAUGCAAUGAAACCAGAAAUAAAUUAAACAACACUUUCACAAA